UCGUAACAGUAAUGGCGGCGCCCUCGUGUUGUACAUGUGUAUAAGAGAUUUCCUUAAGAGACUUUAGCAAGAAAGUAAUCAUACUAAAAAGAAAAAUGAAGACAAAAAAUACAAAAGGAAAGAAGCGCUUUGGACCUUCUAAAAAAGGAAUCGUGAUUCAUGGAAAGUGGAAAGCUGUGGAGCUUGAUCCCAACAUAUUUGCAAAUGAGGCCUUGGGAGAAGUGGUUUGUUUCGAAGAACUAACAGAUUAUUCCAUGAUUGAUGCCAACAAGGUCGCAACAAAGUCCCAAUUAAAAAAGGACACAACUGGAAAUAAGAAGCAAAAUAAGAGAAAAGCUAGUGAAAUUGAGGCUGACGAAGACAUUGUUGAGGAAGAAUUGUCCUCUAACGAAGGGGCUGGAAAAAUAGACGUUGUAGAUGAAACAGCAAAGAAACGGAAAAAGAAAAAAAAGAAAUCCAAAAAGAAUGCUGUGCCCCAUGAGACAAAAAACGAGGAUGAUAAAGAAAGUCAAAGCUCUUUAGAGGAUAUGGCUGAAGAAAUUGUAGAUGAUAUUUAUCAAGAAUCUGAAGAGAGCCAUGACAUAAUAUCUGAGACACCAAAGAAGACCAAAAAGAAGAAGAAAAGAAAGAAGAAACAAAAAUCUGCUGAACAAUUAAAGCCAGCUUCAGAAGCAGUAUGUGACAAAAGUGAUGUACCUCUUUCAUCUAAAAAGAAAGCUAAAAACUGGUCAGAUGCAGCUCUCACUAAAACAGCAGGACAGGAGGGUGAUGUAUCAGCAUGGAAAGACCUGUUUGUACCUGAACCAGUUCUGAAAGCGCUCAGUAAACUUGGAUUUUCUGCACCCACCCCAAUACAAGCUCUUGCUCUUCCUCCUGCAAUUCGAGACCACUUGGAUAUUCUGGGCGCAGCAGAAACAGGAAGUGGGAAGACUCUGUCUUUUGGAAUUCCAGUGAUCCACAGAAUACUGGAGUGGAAGAAGAGGCUCAGUUAUGGAACCGAAAGCGCAGAUGAGAAACCUGAAUCUGCAAAACAAGUGGAGAGCAUUUAUUUGCCUUCUGUCAGUGACUCAAAAGAAGAUGAUGAUGAUGGCUCUGAUGCACUGAACAAUGAAAAAAUAGUUAAUGAGGAGAUUUCAACAGAGGUUGAAGAGAAUGAGGAGGGGCAAGAUGAUCAGGAGGAGGAAGAUGACUAUGAAGGCGAUACUGGUUCUGUUAAUGAUCAAAGUCAAGAUGAUGAUGAUGAUGAUGGAUCAGGUGAUGAGGCAGGUGUUAUCCAAACCCUGGACCUCAAAGCUACGAAAUUAGAGGAAGAAGACCGAUUGAAACAGCCUUUGCUUGGCCUUGUUCUCACCCCCACCAGGGAACUUGCAGUGCAAGUGAAGCAUCAUAUUGACGCUGUAGCCCAGUUCACAGGUAUUAGAACUGCUAUUUUGGUUGGUGGGAUGGCACCACAGAAACAGGACAGGAUGUUAAAGCGCAGGCCUGAGAUAGUCAUUGCAACACCAGGGCGUCUGUGGGAGAUGAUUCAGGAUAAACACCCCCAUCUGCACAACCUGAGGCAGCUCAGGUGUCUGGUCAUUGAUGAAGCUGACCGUAUGGUGGAGAAAGGUCAUUUUGCUGAGCUUGAGAACCUGUUAGAAAUGCUCAACACAUCCCAGUUCAACCCAAAGAGACAGACCUUCGUGUUUUCUGCCACGCUGACCAUGGUACACAGCCUGCCUUCCCGGGUGAUGCGCAAGAAGGGAAAGAAGUUGGAGCAGCGCAGUAAAUUGGAGUUGCUUAUGGAAAAAGUUGGCAUCAAAGGCAAGCCCAAAAUUAUUGACCUGACUCGUAAGGAGGCCACGGUGGAGACGCUGACCGAGACCAGAAUUCACUGUGAGAAGGAGGAGAAAGAUUACUAUCUCUACUACUUCUUGCUGCAGUACCCUGGUCGCACUAUGGUGUUCGCCAACAGCAUUGACUGCAUUAAGAGGCUUAAUUCACUUCUGACUAUUUUGGAAUGCAUCCCUCUGCCAUUACAUGCCAACAUGCACCAGAAACAACGGUUGAAGAACCUGGAGAGAUUUGCUGAAAGGGAGAGCUGUGUCCUCCUCACAACUGAUGUUGCUGCUCGAGGGCUUGACAUUCCAGAUGUUCAGCAUGUCAUUCACUAUCAGGUUCCACGAACAUCUGAGACGUAUGUCCAUCGCAGUGGACGAACAGCUCGUGCUGCAAAAGAAGGUCUUAGUUUGCUCCUAAUCGGACCGGAUGAUAUGAUUAACUACAAGAAAAUUUACAAGACCCUGGGGAAGGAUGAAGAUCUUCCUUUGUUUCCUAUUCAGAACAAAUGCAUGGCUGCCAUGAAGGAACGUGUGGACGUGGCUAGGAAAAUAGAAAAGAUUGAAUUCCACAACAGUCGGGAAAAGCAUCACAACUCUUGGUUGAAGCAAGCAGCAGAGGAAAUGGAAAUAGACCUUGAUGACGACCUGCUUAUGGGACGUGGCAGGGAUGAGGAGCAUGAAAGGGAGCUACAGAGGCUUGUGAAAGGCUUAAAGAAACACUUAAAGCACCUUCUCACUCAGCCAGUCUUUAAAGCCCACAUGAAGACUAAAUACCCCACUCAGAUGGGCAAACUUCAGCUGCCUGAGCUUCCCGUAGCUAACGAAACAGCUUUGACCAGUGUGACCAACCAAAAGCAGAAACAGCAACAGAAUAAGAAACGAAAACAGUAACAAACAUUGUAGUUAUUGUUUUAUAGAAAGGUAUAUUGACACUGACCUGUUUAAAAAAAAAAAAAAAAAAGAAUACUUACAAGAAA